GCAGCGCUGAGUCCUGCUGCGCACGUGGGAGGCCCUGGCCCCGGCCACCCCCGCGAUGCCGCGCGCUCCCCGCUGCCGAGCCGUGCGCUCCCUGCUGCGCAGCCACUACCGCGAGGUGCUGCCGCUGGCCACGUUCGUGCGGCGCCUGGGGCCCCAGGGCUGGCGGCUGGUGCAGCGCGGGGACCCGGCGGCUUUCCGCGCGCUGGUGGCCCAGUGCCUGGUGUGCGUGCCCUGGGACGCACGGCCGCCCCCCGCCGCCCCCUCCUUCCGCCAGGUGUCCUGCCUGAAGGAGCUGGUGGCCCGGGUGCUGCAGAGGCUAUGCGAGCGCGGCGCGAGGAACGUGCUGGCCUUCGGCUUCGCGCUGCUGGACGGGGCCCGCGGCGGCCCCCCAGAGGCCUUCACCACCAGCGUGCGCAGCUACCUGCCCAACACGGUGACCGACGCACUGCGGGGGAGCGGGGCGUGGGGGCUGCUGCUGCGCCGCGUGGGCGACGACGUGCUGGUUCACCUGCUGGCACGCUGCGCGCUCUUUGUGCUGGUGGCUCCCAGCUGCGCCUACCAGGUGUGCGGACCGCCGUUGUACCAGCUCGGCGCUGCCACUCAGGCCCGGCCCCCGCCACACGCUAGUGGAACCCGAAGGCGUCUGGGAUGCGAACGGGCCUGGAACCAUAGCGUAAGGGAGGCCGGGGUCCCCCUGGGCCUGCCAGCCCCGGGUGCGAGGAGGCGCGGGGGCAGUGCCAGCCGAAGUCUGCCGUUGCCCAAGAGGCCCAGGCGUGGGGCUGCCCCUGAGCCGGAGCGGACGCCCGUUGGGCAGGGGUCCUGGGCCCACCCGGACAGGACUCGUGGACCGAGUGACCGUGGUUUCUGUGUGGUGUCACCUGCCAGACCCGCCAAAGAAGCCACCUCUUUGGAGGGUGCGCUCUCUGGCACGCGCCACUCCCACCCAUCCGUGGGCCGCCAGCACCACGCGGGCCCCCCAUCCACAUCGCGGCCACCACGUCCCUGGGACACGACUUGUCCCCCGAUGUACGCCGAGACCAAGCACUUCCUCUACUCCUCAGGCGACAAGGAGCAGCUGCGGCCUUCCUUCCUACUCAGCUCUCUGAGGCCCAGCCUGACUGGCGCUCGGAGGCUGGUGGAGACCAUUUUUCUGGGUUCCAGGCCCUGGAUGCCAGGGACUCCCCGCAGGUUGCGCCGCCUGCCCCAGCGCUACUGGCAAAUGCGGCCCCUGUUUCUGGAGCUGCUUGGGAACCAUGUGCAGUGCCCCUACGGGGUGCUCCUCAAGACGCACUGCCCGCUGCGGGCUGCAGUCAUCCCAGCAGCCGGUGUCUGUGCCCGGGAGAAGCCCCAGGGCUCUGUGGCGGCCCCCGAGGAGGAGGACACAGACCCCCGUCGCCUGGUGCAGCUGCUCCGCCAGCACAGCAGCCCCUGGCAGGUGUACGGCUUCGUGCGGGCCUGCCUGCGCCGGCUGGUGCCCCCAGGCCUCUGGGGCUCCAGGCACAACGAACGCCGCUUCCUCAGGAACACCAAGAAGUUCAUCUCUCUGGGGAAGCAUGCCAAGCUCUCGCUGCAGGAGCUGACGUGGAAGAUGAGCGUGCGGGACUGCGCUUGGCUGCGCAGGAGCCCAGGGGUUGGCUGUGUUCCGGCCGCAGAGCACCGUCUGCGUGAGGAGAUCCUGGCCAAGUUCCUGCACUGGCUGAUGAGCGUGUACGUCGUCGAGCUGCUCAGGUCUUUCUUUUAUGUCACGGAGACCACGUUUCAGAAGAACAGGCUCUUUUUCUACCGGAAGAGUGUCUGGAGCAAGUUGCAAAGCAUUGGAAUCAGACAGCACUUGAAGAGGGUGCAGCUGCGGGAGCUGUCAGAAACAGAGGUCAGGCAGCAUCGGGAAGCCAGGCCCGCCCUGCUGACGUCCAGACUCCGCUUCAUCCCCAAGCCUGACGGGCUCCGGCCAAUUGUGAACAUGGACUACGUCGUGGGAGCCAGAACAUUCCGCAGAGAAAAGAGGGCCGAGCGUCUCACCUCGAGGGUGAAGGCACUGUUCAGCGUGCUCAACUACGAGCGGGCGCGGCGCCCCAGCCUCCUGGGCGCCUCUGUGCUGGGCCUGGACGAUAUCCACAGGGCCUGGCGCACCUUUGUGCUGCGUGUGCGGGCCCAGGACCCGCCACCUGAGCUGUACUUUGUCAAGGUUGAUGUGACAGGCGCGUACGACACCAUCCCCCAGGACAGGCUCACGGAGGUCAUCGCCAGCAUCAUCAAACCCCAGAACACAUACUGCGUGCGUCGGUAUGCUGUGGUCCAGAAGGCCGCCCAUGGGCACGUCCGCAAGGCCUUCAAGAGCCAUGUCUCUACCUUGACAGACCUCCAGCCGUACAUGCGACAGUUCGUGGCUCACCUGCAGGAGACCAGCCCGCUGAGGGAUGCCGUCGUCAUCGAGCAGAGCUCCUCCCUGAAUGAGGCCAGCAGUGGCCUCUUCGACGUCUUCCUGCGCUUCGUGUGCCACCACGCUGUGCGCAUCAGGGGCAAGUCCUACGUCCAGUGCCAGGGGAUCCCGCAGGGCUCCAUCCUGUCCACACUGCUCUGCAGCCUGUGCUACGGCGACAUGGAGAACAAGCUGUUUGCGGGGAUUCGGCGGGACGGGCUGCUCCUGCGUUUGGUGGAUGAUUUCUUGUUGGUGACACCUCACCUCACCCACGCGAAAGCCUUCCUCAGGACCCUGGUCCGAGGUAUCCCUGAGUAUGGCUGCGUGGUGAACUUGCGGAAGACAGUGGUGAACUUCCCUGUAGAAGACGAGGCCCUGGGUGGCACGGCUUUUGUUCAGCUGCCAGCCCACGGCCUAUUCCCCUGGUGUGGCCUGCUGCUGGACACCCGGACCCUGGAGGUGCAGAGCGACUACUCCAGUCUCCCAAACCACAGCUCAGAUGGCAGAAGGUGGUGAGAACUGCUGGACAGAACAAUAGAACAAAACGGAAGCCCUAUCUCUCAGAAACAUGUGUUAAUGUGGCGUGUGGCACAGCUGACGGAAAAGAGAGUGUGUGUUUAAUUUUUUUUUUUCUGAGAAAACUGACUGGAAGCAAAUAAGUUGUGUCUUUACAACAUAUACCAAAGCAGAUUCUAGGUAGAAGAGGAGAUACAUGCAAACAACACCAGCAACAGAAACAAAACAAAAGACUCAAAGGGAAGGGAGGUGAACAUUCCCUGGCUUGGUGUUGGGAAAGGACACACAGGGAGGCAGAUGAAACCAGUGAGGCAACAGGCAUUGCUUUCACUGCAGAGAAACUCAGCUUGCCUGAGCCACAGUGAAAAUGGCCAUUCCCUGGAGCGUUUGUGCGCAUGAUUUAUUUAAGGUGCCCUGUGAGGUCCUGCACAUUCAUCCUCUCACUUUGUUCUCCUAACCACCUGAGAGGUAGAGGAGGAAAGGCUCCAGGGGAGCAGCUGCCCUUGGUCACCCAGCUGGCAAGGGGCAUGCAUGAUUGCAGCCUGGCCUCCUGCUCCGGGGCCCUUGCUCUGCCCGAGGACCCCACACAAGUCCGACCCACAGGCUCAGGGCGAGCCGGAGCCCAAGGUCGUGUUGGGGAUGGCUGUGAAAGAAGAAAUGGACGUCUGAUGCACACUUGGGAAGGUCCUACCAGCAGCAUCAAAGAAAUGCACGUGAAACUGAUAGCGAGACCCGUCCCUCAAAGAAAUGCAUGUGAAACUGACAGCGAGACCCGUCCCCAUCCCUCAUGCUGGCUUCUUUUCUGGGCUUGCCAAGAGCCAGCAUCAGGGUGAGGCAAGCUGGAAAGACUUUUCUGGAAAGCAGCUUGUUUGCAUGGAAGUCCUCACAAUGUCUUGUGUCUUCCCAGUAAUUCCACUUCUGAAGUGACCAGACAUUAUCACAGGUCUUAUUUACCAUUUCCAGUGUUCCAGGCAGGGGGGCUUGCCACAGCAAGUCACGAACCUGCCCAAAUACAGGACUAAGCAGAUAUUAUGCAUCACAAAACUUACUCUGCCAUUAAACAUUUUUCAAAGAAUUUUUUAAGAAUGUUUAAUGGCACAAAACGUUUAUUUCAAUGUAGCGGUGUUCAAAGCUGGAUGUAAAAGAACACACCCCAGGAGCCUGCCAUGGAUGUCAUGUGUGUUCAUCUUUGGACAUGGAUGUACACGGGCAGUGAGUGGUGGUGAGGCCCUGGAGGACAUCGGUGGGAUGCCUCCGUCUUGCCCCUCUGGAGACACCGUGUGUGCCACGUGCACUCACUGGAGCCCUGUUUAGCUGGCACCACCUGGCUCUUCCAUCCCUGAAAUUCAAACACAGUGAGAUUCCCCACACCCGACUCAGUGUUCUCCCACAAAAAACCUGAGUCACACCUGUGUCCACUCGAGGGACGCCCGGGAGCCAGGGCUCCACGGUUUAUUAUGUGUUUUUGGCCCAGUUAUGUGCAGAUCUCAUCAGGGCAGAUGAUGAGUGCACACACACGGCCAUGCGAGGUUUGGAUACACUCAACAUCAGUAGCCAGGUCCUGGUGGAGUUUGGUUGUGCAGGGUCCAGAUGAUGGGUAGCAUUUUGAGUCCAUGGGGUGAGCACCCAGCCCCCUCGGGCUGCAGCACAUGCCCCACGCAGGACAAGGAAGCGGGAGGAAGGCAGGAGGCUCUUUGGAGCAAGCUUUGCAGGAGGGGGCUGGAUGUGGGGCAGGCACCUGUGUCUGAUGUCCCCCCUGUGUCUCAGCUACGCCCGGACCUCCAUCAGAGCCAGUCUUACCUUCAACCGCGGCUUCAAGCCUGGGAGGAACAUGCGUCGCAAACUCUUUGGGGUCUUGCGGCUGAAGUG